AUGGGCCAUCCAGUGUACUUUGGCAUGGUUCCCACACCCCCCAACCAACCAGAUGGGGCCAGGCAAACCUUCAGAUAUGAGGCGCUCAACGGAGAGUCGGAGAGUUGCCGCUAUGGCCAGGGUGUCCCAGACCCGGCCCCGCCCCGCGGCCCCAGGAAGCGCCCUGCGUGCUGUGCUGUGCUGCAACUUGCCACCAGGCGCUCAAUGUGUGGUGGUCUUCGCCGUGCUGGCGCUCCUCGUCCUCAUAAACAUCGUGCUGGUGUUCCUGCUGGCCUUCUGCUGACCGCCAAGGCCAACCGCCCCGGGCUUCUCUUGCUCAUUAGCAAUGGCAGUGUGGUCUGUGCUGAAGCACUCUACCAUGUCACCAUGGAUAACCAGGAACUGGGCUUCAAAGCUGGGGAUGCCAUUGAAGUAAUGGAUGCCACCAACAGAGAGUGGUGGUGGAGCCAUGCCACUGUUGGGGAGGGCUGGUUUCCAGCUAGCUUUGUGUGGCUGUGGGUGAACCAGGAUAAGCCCUGGGACAAGGCAGACAAUGGUGGAGGUGAGGCUCGAAAUAGCAGCAGGAACCAGAUGCACACAGUCAUCAACGAGAUCCUCAGCAGGGAGUGGGACUACCGUGAGGCACUCUGCGGUGCGGUGGGGUUGAGGAGGGACCUGACCGCCGGAUCCUGUCCCCAGGGCUACAUCAGGCAGUGUCACAAAUGCACCAAGAUGUUCAAUGAGGAGCAGCUGCGCACCAUCUUCGGGAACAUCAAGGACAUCUACGGGUGCCAUAAGGCCUUUGUGAAGGCACUGGAGCAGAAGUUCAACACGGAGUGCCCCCACCUGAGCAAGCUGGGUGCCUGCUUCCUAGAGCACAUGACAAACUUCCAGAUUUACUCAGAGUAUUCCAACAACCAUCCCAACACAUGCAUGGAGUUCUGGCUCACCAAGCUCAGCCAGUACAUGUAUUUCCGUGAGGCCUGCUGGCUGCUACAAAAGAUGACCGACAUCUCCCUCAAUAGCUUCCUGAUGACCCUGGGGCAGAAGAUCUGCAAGUACCCACUGCAAUUGGCCAAGUUGCUCAAGUAUACCCACAGGUAUUUCAAGGAUGUGGAAGCUGCUUUACAUGCCGUGAAGGAUGUGGCCCAGCUAAUCAACGAAUGGAAAUGGAGACUUGAAAACAUCAACAAGAUUACUCAGGGGCAGAGUUCCAUAGAGGACUGGGAGCUCGUGGCUCUCUUUGCGGUCUCUCACGGGGAAGAUCUUCUGGCCAGGAGCUCAGAACUCAUCUACUCAGGGAAGCUGAUUCGAGUUACACAGCCACAAGCCAAGAGCCAGCAGAGGAUGUUUUUUCUCUUUGACCACCAAUUCAUCUACUGUAAGAAGGACCUUCUACACCAGGAUGUGCUGUAUUAUAAAGGCCGAGUGGACAUGGAUAGUUUAGAGGUAGUGGAUCUAGAGUACUGGAAGGAUAAAGACCUCCACAUGAGCAUCAAGAAUGCCUUCCAACUGCACUAUGGAACCAUGGGAGAGAGCUACCUGCUGUGUGCCAGGAAGCCGCAGAAGCAGUGCUGGCUCAAAGCCUUUGCCAGGGAGAGGGAGCAGGUGUGGCUGGACGAGAAGACAGGCUUCUCCAUCACUAAGCUGCAGAGGGAGCAGGCCAUGCUGAAUGCCAGCAAGCAGCAGGCACCUAGGAAGCCCAAAGCCCUCAGACAGCCCUGCUAUCUGAUGCACCAAGAGCACCUGACAUUGCUAACCAGCCUGCCCCAGCAACAGGUCUUGGUGCUGGAAGAGCCCAAGUAGAAGCCAUCCACCUUCUGGUAUAGCAUUAGCGGCUGGCGCCCUUCCCCAAGUGAGCCUAUUCCCCACCAACAGCACUGUCUUGGCCUGCUCUGCCAGCUAGUCUCCAGCUUUCCCUCCCCAAGGUUCACCCAUGGCUUCCAGCCCUCCUCUGCCUACUCUGCAAACUGGAAGUGAGCAGGGCUGAGCAAGGAAAUGGCUUGGUGUCACCAGUUCGUACCAGGCUCUGCACCUAUUCUUGGUUCUUCCUCACUACUGAUGCACUACAUACACAAGCUGGAGGGACAGGAGACCCACAGCACAGGAGCCUCUCGCCAUCCUCCCUACCUUUGUGGGGCCUCCUGGAAACUACAGCUGAGAACCAUCAGCAAGCUGGACAUGUGUAAAAGGACUGACUACUUUAGACUCUCUUCUUCAUACAUCUAAUCAUUCCUCCUCCUGUUUUCUCUGGGCAGGAGGAGACUGCCUUCCACCACUUGGAAAACUGGGCUGUGUGCCCCUCUGCCCUCCAAUUCUCCUUGCAGGCCUCCAGCUGAUGGUGCCAGGCAACUGACAUCUCUGGAGGGUGGGAACCGGGUAUUCUGCAUAUGAACACUCCUGGCCCCAGAGCCUAUCCAUUUUGUCUCCCAGUUCCUCUCUAGACACUCUCUUCACUUGUAAUGUGUUUAUAAUCAACUGCAAACUUCUAUCAGGGUAUGUCCACAUGUAGCUGUGUGUUGACUCCAGAACCUGGUUCCAUUUUUUUUGUUUGUAUUUUGUUUUUCAAAAUGGAGAAAAAGAAUUGUUAGUGACACAGGAAGAUUGCCUUACCCUAAGUGAGCAUGAGAAGCCAUAAGGACUGAGUUCUAUAGCCCAGCAUGCAGGACUGACCUGUCCACCCAGAAGCCAGUGAGUAUGUGGGUUGGAGGGGUAAGCCUACAUCCCACCCCAAGGAAGGGUGCCCAUGAGUACAUCCAGGGCCUGGCUUGUGGGUGCAAAGUGCCAAGCAGCCCCUCUGGCCCAUGGGAAUUCAGCAGCAUGUAGUCACUUGCACUACUCUACCUUCUCCAAGCCAAACAUUACAUUUAAUUUCAUAAAAAAACUUGUAAAAAAUAAACUGGCUGCCAGCCCUUGUUUUCUAUGGAUGUCUAUGCAUUUUCUCCUCUGUAUGCCCACCUUUCCUUAACCUGGAGUAAAUAAUCCCAGUAGCACCCAGAAUUGGGAGUAGGGCCUCACCUAGUUGAGCUCAUGCCUCACGGUUUUAGUGAAAAGAGGCUAAAGUGGCUAGGCUAACUACUUGAAAGAUGCUCAGGGCCACUGGGAGCUGUCCAAGUGAGGUAUGGCUGGCUCAGCCCCUCUCUCCCCUUAGGGCCUAGAAGCCCACUCCCUCCCUGACUGCUCUCAGAGUUUAUAUUUAGCUGAAAUUAGCAAAUGUGUUAGGGGAACAGGCAGUCCAUAAUCUUUCUGUGUCUCAGCAUCUUCCUUAGUGAAAGGGGGAAGAAUAUGUCUUCCCAGGAGGACCUGAGCUACAGGACCAGAAGAAGAGGAAUGAAGGUGGCUUUCCUCCCCCUUCCCACCUAGGGAAACAGUCCUCACAACCUGUGGCCUCCACAAACCCUUACACACUGCUAAGGUCAAGAGUACCUGGGAAGCAGCUGAGCACUACAGGGCUUUUGCUCGAAACCACUGGAUUUCCUAACUUUAGAGAAACUACACCACCUCCCGGCAGGUAAACCACCUUGAG